AUGCGCUGGCAACCGGCAUCAGCGACACUCUUCUGUCUUUCACAAUGGCAACCCAGUGUACAAGCUGCUGCCGGUCAACGAGAAGGCGACCCUCGCGUGGUCCGGCUACCACUCCAGAGGCGCGACAUCCCCGAUCCCGCAGCCCAUGACAGGCAACGAAUUAUGAGGCGCGAGGGAACCAUCCAGGCAGAAUUGAACAAUCUGAAAACCCUGUACUUCUUCAAUGCGACACUCGGCACUCCACCACAGAACCUGCGCCUCCAUCUUGACACGGGCAGCAGUGAUCUCUGGGUAAACACGGCAAGCUCAGCACUUUGCCAAUCAUCAAACCAGCCCUGUCAGCUUUCGGGAGCCUACACAGCCAAUUCAUCUUCAACAUACGAAUACUUGAACAGCCAGUUCAACAUAUCUUAUGUGGACGGAUCCAGUGCACACGGCGACUAUGUCACCGAUACAUUUCGGUUUGGGGAUAUUGGCAUAGACAACUUUCAGUUUGGAAUCGGAUACACCAGUAGCUCACCACAGGGCAUUCUGGGAAUAGGAUACCCUACAAAUGAGGUGCAAGCCGCUCGCUUUGGUCACCAACCGUACAGCAAUCUUCCCUCAAGAUUGCUUACAGACAAGCACGUGGCCACCAACGCGUAUAGCAUUUGGCUCGACGACAUCAACUCAACCACAGGGAGUUUACUAUUUGGCGGCGUUGAUCGAUCGCAAUACCGCGGGAGCCUGGUGACUCUCCCCGUCCAAAAGUCCGGCUCCAUCUUUCGCGAAUUCUUCAUCACCAUGACGGGACUGGACGCCGGCUCCAAGCCCAUCAUCGACAACAUGGCACUGGCUGUCCUGCUUGACACGGGGUCAUCUCUGACAUAUCUACCCAACGACCUGGCGACUUCAGUUUUCCAAGCUCUCAACGUUACCUGGUUUGAGAAGUCGCAACUCGCCAUCAUUCCCUGCGACCGAGCACUCAGCGACGAAAGUGUAACAUUCCGCUUUAGCGAGCCAGCAUCGAUAUCUGUGUUGUUGAGCGAGCUCGUGCUACCAAUUAUUACUCCCAGUGGAAGUCAACCAACGCUGCAAGACGGCACCGCUGCCUGUCUGUUUGGCAUAUUCCCUUCUGGCAAUGGAGCUGUGGUGCUCGGGGACACGUUUCUACGCAGCGCCUACGUCGUCUACGACAUGGCAAACAAUCAAGUGUCUUUAGCCCAGAGCAACUUUGACGCAAAGCCUUCGGGCUCGGAAGUGGUGGAAAUCGGUUCUGGGAAGAACCAGAUCCCAGACGCGACCAUGGCCCGCAACCCAGUGGCUGCGAAAUCGGGACUGCCUGUUACAGGUAACAUGGCUUCAUUUGUGACAUUGGAGCGACAGUAUUUGGGAAUUACCAUGUUUGCAAUAUUUAUUUUGGGCGCGUUCGGCGGCUUCUAG